AUGGGGAGCGGCGGCCCCGCAGUGCCGGGCCCCGCGCUCCUGCUGCUGCUGCUGCCGCCGCUUUGGCUGCUGAGCGCGGGGAGCUUCCCACACAGCCUCCAGGGCUCCCCAGACUUCCAAGGCCUCGGGCUGGACUGGGGAAGUCUCCACGACCGCCGCCUCCUCAGCCUAGACCGGGGAAGGUCCCACCAGGACACCAGUCACCACAGGAGCAAGGCGAAGAAGCUAUAUUCCUGCGAGGGCGCCUUCGACCUCUACUUCAUCUUGGACGCAUCAGACAGUGUGAAGAGCAGCUGGAAGGAUGUUUACAGAUUUGUGAAUGAAGUGGUGAAGAUGUACCCAAACCCGAAACUGCGGAUGUCCUUCAUCACGUACUCCACACAGGGCCACACCCUCAUGAAGCUCACCUCAGACAGAAAUGAGAUACGUGAUGGUCUUAGCAGACUUCAGAAUGUAGUGCCUACAGGAGCCACAAACAUGCAUGAGGGAUUUAAGAAGGCAAAUGAGCAGAUUCAAAAAGUGUACUCCAGAGACCGCAAAGCUGUCAGCCUGAUUAUUGCUCUGGCUGCUGGAGCACUGCUUACAAAGCCCUUACGGGAGACUAAGAACGAAGCUAACAGGGCUCGGAAUAUGGGGGCCAAGGUUUACAGCGUGGGUUUAAAACACUAUAGGCAAGACCAGCUGAAUAGUAUUGUACUAAAAGAUGGCCAGAUGUAUGCAGAGGAUGGAUUCAGGUCCUUCGAAGACUUUGUUAACUCGCUAGUGGGAAAUUCCUGUAUGGAAAUUACGGCUGGGGACAGUUACCUUGCUUGUGUAGGAGAUAAAAAACCUACCUCUGUGACAAAAGAAAAAUUAAUUUGCCCAGGACAUGUAUUUGAGAAGGACGAACAGAAGGUCGUGGUUGAUUUCAGCCUGAAUAAUGGCGUCAGCUUCAUGGGCGAACCAUUGAAAAUCACCAGCAAGGACUGUCCAGAUGCCACGGCUGUUCCAACGACGGAGACCUCUGUGCCCACAACUGUCACACGGAAGAGGACCCCACCCACAGUUGUCACACAGAAGAGGACUCCAGUGCCCACUACAGUCACACAGAAGGACACCCCAGUGCCCACGACUGUCACACCGAAGGAGACUCCCGUGCCUACGACUGUAACACAGAAGAGGACCCCAGUGCCCAUGACUGUCACACAGAAGGAGACCCCAAUGCCCACAACUAUCAGAGAGAAGGAGACCCCAGCCCCACUGCCCACGGUCAUCCCACAGGGCCUGACUCACGACAAACAUUUCUUCUUCCCUGUGCUCAUCCCGGCCCUGCUCAUGUUCCCGGUGCUGAUCUGGUGCAUCUGGUGCUGCAGGAGGACCGUCAAGGAGCCACCACCAGUGCAGAAACCAGAAAAGGAGCCAGAGACAUGCCCCACAGUGAUUGUCCCUUGUUGUGGGUGCCAACAAGACAGGAUAAGACAGAUGGAGGGCAAACUGGAUACCUUGUGUAACUUUGUUCAGAGCUGCAACCAGGUGCCAUUGAUGUGGUGUCAGCCCAGGGACAAGGGGAGGUGCAUCUGCUUCACCCUAGUGAAGCCCCCCUGCACACAGAUGCCCUGCAGCUCAGAGAUCUGCCUUCAACCCAGCCAGGAGUGCUUCCCCAACAGCUGCUGCUCACGGUGCCAACACCCCCCACCCAUCUGCUCCCGGCCUUCCUCCAGGAUGCUGUCACUGAUCCCUCCCCCUGCCCAGACACUCUGCAGAACUGCUUUGUCACUCCCACCCCCUUAG